UCCCCGACCGAUCGCCGGGGACAGAUAGUAGCAACGCGCGCAUGAAGAAUAAACAUCGCUGAUAUCUCAUAACACACCAUCACAUCGUACUGGACAUACGAUAUAAAUGUAUUAGGAAAAUUGCACGAAACGGAAGCAGAGAAAUAUCAAAAAAUAUAGGAGCGACCUGGACGAGCCGGUCAGUUGUUGGAGGUCGUUGAAGGCGAGCGCAACAACUUUUUUAUGCAAGAUGGACGUGCGUGAACAAGCCUGUAGAGAGCAUCCAUUGAAUGGCAGCUUCAGUGCACAUGAAAAGUUUUGUCAAUUGAUUUUCGAUGGGUUUCUUUGCUGGAUGGCCACCAGGGCAGGAGAAUUGGCUCAUCAACCAUGUCCGAGUGCGCGAGCAAGCGACAGUAUUGUAAACACUUUUCAAGCCACAAAACAAUGUGAUCUUGAUGGGAAUUGGUAUGUUAGUCCUGAGCAAGGGAAAGUUUGGACAAAUUACUCAGAAUGCGACCUGCGUUCGUACUCUAAUGGUACCGCGGUCCUUAACAUCAACGUCCGUUUGAAUAAGUCUUUUAUACAUUUGCUACAUGAAUGGCUACCCACGUUGAAGUGUAUUACCCAUUAUGGAUAUUGGAUAUCACUUAUUACUCUACUGUUCUGCGUUUUUAUAUUGAUUUCCAUAAAAAAAUUGCAUUGUGCGCGGAACGUAUUGCACAUCCACUUUUUCAUGUCAUUUAUUUUACGCGCAACUGCGUAUCUCCUCAAAACGGCCCUUAUUGUUGAUGGCUUGGCAUUCCGAUCAGAUUUAGCCACCAAUUCAAAUGGAGUGCCAAAUUAUAUUACUGAACACUUUAACUGGGUUUGUAAAUUCGUUAUGAGCACUUGGUACUACUUUACGCAGGCGAAUUUUAUGUUUAUGUUGAUGGAAGGAAUUUAUCUACACAAUUUAAUGUUUCUGAAUUUAUUCUCCGAGAAGAGUAGCGUUCGAAUAUAUUAUUUGUUCGGCUGGGGUAUUCCUCUAUGUUUUAUUCCAACUUGGGCUGUUCUACGUACUUUAUACGAUGAUGAUAUGUGCUGGACCACAUCAAACAACGAUUAUAUUUUGUGGUUGACUAAAGUUCCACGCGAUUUGUCAGUUUUAAUCAAUUUCAGCCUGUUCGUCUCCAUCAUGCGUAUACUGUGCAUCAAAAUCAAAUCGAUGUACGUCCAACAUAACAAAGUCAAAUAUCGCCGCCUCCUGCGUUCAACGCUAACCCUGAUGUUGAUCUACGCGGUGCCGUACACACUUUCCGUCCUCUGCCUCGGUGUGGUAUCAUAUUACCGGGAGACGAUGGUCGAACUGAUUUGGAUUUGCUACGAUCAGAUCUUCAGCGCGUUUCAAGGAUUAUUAAUGGGGCUGAUAUAUUGUCUCCUAAACAGUGAAGUACGUUCUGAAGUAAGACAACAAUUCUAUUCUUUCCGCUAUUCCUUCCAAACUGCGAAGAGAACACGCGCAACUCGCACAAUUUCACACACCAUGCAAUUCACCAUUCCGAUACCGAUCAAGGAAGAUCCCGAACAUCGCAGGACCACGGAUUGCAACUGCUAUAAAUCCACUGAGAAUUUAUAAAGGAAGCAUAUAGACACACAGGUAAAUACGAGGACGAGACAUAUUUAUUUAUAACUUUGUUUUUGAAACAUAAAAAAGAACUUAAUGUCCAGCAGCGAAAACGGCAAACUUUAGCUGCUAUUGCGCGCGCGCUAUUCGUAUUUCGUACAAAACGCAGAAACGCUUUUUUCACAAAUAUGCUGUAAUGCACACACAUACACACAUGAAAUGAUAAUUUUUGUCUAUCGCCAAACAUGCACACUCACACUCAUACAAAAUGCGUGUAGUGUAAAUUUUCAAACUAAUACUCGUUGAUUGGUCGUAAUGUAAUCUUGCAAGAAAAAGAAACAUAGAUAACAAUGUAAUGUUGAGUUGCGAUGUGUUUCAAAUGCUCGUGGUGAAAUGUAGGUGUAGUUUGGUGAGCUACAAUAUUAAGUUUCGACUCUCGAAAGCAGAACGUUCAAUUAAACUACUCAUGAAUCUCCUCCAGCGCGCCCCCUGGCUUAGUCUUAGAAACGAACGCUUAUAAUUAGAACUAUAAUGCGCUAGUUAUUCGACGUACUGAUUGAUCAUCAAUUUGAAACAAUUCCUAGCACGUAGUGAUUUUACGCUUAUUCUUUGCGGGCUUUCCGCUUUCGCACCGGCUCCUCCUUCUUAGGAACCUAGAACGGAACAGAAAUCGGUGUUUAAAUGUGUGUUUGUACUUAGAUAAUAAUUUUUUUAAUGUUCCUAUAGCUGUUACGAACAGUAGUAAUAGAAAAAUAUGUGUAAUA